CUUACUUCAAAUGUCAUAAUGAUAAAGUUAUCUAGUUAUAAACAAAACAAUUUAAUGUUACUAAAACAGUUUCAGUUGAAAUUAUGUCUACCAUUGUAGUCUUGUAUGCUGGAUAUUCAGAUCUCAAAAAUGAACUUGAAAUGUGUGCAAAUUGUAGUUGUACACUUAUAAAAGGUUACAAUAAUAUAAUAGUGGAUACUAUGACACCAUGGGACUCAGAUAAAAUUGUUUCUGCUCUUAAAAGAGAAGAUCUCACUGUUGAAGAAAUUAAUUAUGUCAUAUCAACACAUGGGCAUUCAGAUCAUACAGGCAAUAAUAAUCUUUUCCUCAAAGCAAAACAUAUUGUUGGUUUUAGUGUUUCCUAUAAAGACAAUUACUACUUACAUCCUUUUCAAGAAGGUAAAGAGUUUAUUAUAAAUGAUGAUGUGAAAGUAGUACCAACUCCAGGGCAUACACUCACAGAUGUAACAGUUCUAGUAAUGAAUGGUGCAAAAGAAACUGUUGCUAUUACAGGUGAUUUAUUUGAAAAAAUUGAGGAUAUAGUAUAAUAUAUAUUAUAUUCAACUAUUUGGCUUGAUGCUGGUAGUGAAGAUCAUAUUCAGCAAAGAAAAAAUAGAUCAAAAAUAGCUCAAUUAGCAGAUUGGAUUGUACCAGGACAUGGACCAAAGUUUAAAGUUACAGAUCAAAUCAGAGAGUCCUUACUACAACAAAUUGUUAAGGAUCAGUCUUGAUAUUAUAUUUAUAAUUAACAUAUUAAAUAUUUUACUAAAUUUCACUGAA